UUCACCUUAUCAGGCAACAGAACAAUCUUAACAGUGGUGAGAUUCACCCCAGCCAAAGCCCAGCAAGGCCAUGCUGACACUAUGACCUCGACAAUGUUUCAGUCCGUAAUGUUGACAUUCCUGAUGCAUAAUAUCCUGGUGUCCCCUGCAGGUGUUCGGUGUUUGAAACCCGAGGAUGGAGCCUCUCUCCAGGCCCUGGACCUCCCAUGGCACGAUGAGCUGUGCUGUGACUCGCAUACAACCCACUUUAACAUACCGGAGACAAACCGCUCUGAAUCAAAGCUUCCUCACGAUCCCCACUGCAGCUUCAGCAGCUUGACAACCGAGUCACGUCCUCGUGAGGCCUCUGACCUCAAGAGUUCAUUCAACACUGGCACCUGUUUGGACAUACUGUGCAGGAUCGAUGAAAACUGGGAAAAAUUGACUUGUGAUCUAAAGUCUCAAACAUCAACCGCUGAGGACGCAGGUCUUGUGGGGAUCAGCUUCCAGCGUCUGUUGUCCCAGAAAGAUGAUUCACGGGUGAACGAUGGGAAAACUAUGUCUGACAAUCCUGUCGUCUGUGAAGCGGAGGAGUCCUUCAGUUGUUCCGUUGCUCUUGACACCACGACAAGCUUCAUCUCUGUGGUUACUGUCAGCAUCUCCAACACCAAAGCUCCGCUGGUUCAGCUCAGGAUUCCUGCCCGGCCUGUGAAACCGAGUCCUCCGGUCAACCUGUCUCACAUUCAGACCAUAGAGGCAGAACUGAUUUUACUCUGGGACGACCCCUCAGACUCCAGCACUGGUCCGCUGAGAUAUGAGGUCCGAUACUCCUUCACCACCACUCGUCCGGUCUGGCAGGUGGUUUCAUCAGCAGAGCCCAGACUGUCUCUGGAUCUGAGGCCAACCCUGAACUACACCAUCCAGGUUCGUUGCUCCGGCCUGGACGAGCCUCCGCUGUGGAGCGACUGGAGUGAAAGUCACCACAUCUACCUUCACACUGUGAGCUACAUCCCUGAGAAAGUCGUGACCCACGCGGGGGAAGAGGUGACCGUCUAUUGUGUGUUCAAUGACCACAGCGUCAACGCCAGCGCGGCCAUAUGGGUUCUUAACUUCCAGCAGACGCUUCAUCGCAGCCAGUACCACCCCGUCAACCAAUGGGUCAGCCAGAUCACAGUGCGUCCUUCGGAGACUCGGAUGUACGACCUGCUGCAGUGCACCAAGGAGUGGACCAACCCUUACAGCCAGAUCUAUGUCGAGGGAGCUUCCAUUGAUAUAAACUGUGUAACCAACGGGGACAUCGAUUCUAUGGAUUGCAGCUGGAAGAACACACAGUGGACUGAGCCCGAACUCCGAUCCAGGUGGGCGGACCUGCCGUGCGACGUGAUGGAGGAGAGGGACAGAGCGGGCGAGGAAGUGGGCGAGAUGGGACCUGCUUGCCUGCAGGUCAGAUCCAAACAGAAAAGCUGCAUCAUUCAGCCGCUGAGGAUGAACUGCUACAAGCUGUGGCUGGAGGUGGCGUCCCGGCUCGGCCCGAUCAGAUCCAAACCCGUCUACCUGUCGCCCAUAGAUCAUGUCAAACCCCACACCCCCACUAACGUGGAGGCAGUGAGCCGGAGCAGCGGGGCCCUGCUGGUCACCUGGAAGCCCCCGUUUCUGCCGGUCGAGGGGCUCCAGUGUCAGCUUCGGUACCACUCGCUGUCCAUGGUGAGAGCUCAGCCGCAGUGGAAGGUCCAGAGUCCAGUGCGGGUUGCUUUGUCGGAGGUUGCAGUGCCGGACAUGUGCCAAGUGUAUGUGGUGCAGGUUCGCUGCAUGCACACCAACGGCACCGGCUACUGGAGCGAGUGGAGCGACUCUGUUUACUCGGCUCCACAAAACAGCAGAGCUCCUGAGCGUGGUCCUAAUUUUUGGAGAAUUCUUCAAGAUGACCCGUACAGGAACCAGACCAAUGUCACGCUGCUGUUUAAGGAUCUCCCGGUAUCGGGGCGCUCAUACUGUGUGGAUGGAUUCAUCGUUCAGCAUCAAACCUCAAGCGGCAUUGUGACGAGGAAUUCGAUCGAGCCGGCGUCCUCCUACAGCUUUGAGUGGAACCAGGAGCCGCAGACUGUGAGCGUGAAGGCCUACAACAGUCGUGGGAGCUCCGCCAACAACAUCAACAUGACGCUGGAGCAAAAACCAAAACGUCGCUGUGUGAGCUCGUUCAGCGUGUCGGUCAUCAACAGCACCUCUGUGUCUCUGUCCUGGAUUCUGCUGGACAACAGAUCUGUGCCUGUGUCCAUGGUGGUCCAGUGGACCGUACCACAGAGACAGCAGGGGUCUGAUCAUCAGAAAGCCUACAGUGGCGAAACAUGGGUCCGACUUCCCUACACAGAUUGUCCUGUACAUCUGAGAGGGGAUUUCUUUGGCUCAGAGGAAUACGGCUUCCACUUGUACCCAGUGUUUGCAGACGGGGAAGGGGAGCCAAUGUACACAAUAGCCACCAGAGGAGACCCUGCAGCCUACAUGAUGCUGAUGAUCAUCUCCUUCCUCUCCAUCGUCCUGUUUGUUACUCUGAUCAUCUCCCAAAACCAAAUGAAGAAGUUUGUGUGGAAGGAUGUACCCAACCCAUACAAGUGCUCGUGGGCUAAAGGACUGGACUUCAAAAAGAACGACACCUUGGACCACCUGUUCGGACCCUCAGAGGGUCUCCCCUCCUGGUCGCUGCUGAUGCCCUCUGAGAACAUCUCCAAAGUCGUCAUCAUGGACAAAGCGGACCUCUCAGCUCCGACCACCGCCCUGGUUCAAACCCCGCUCGUGCCGCUGACCACUGACCCGGCCACUACCUUAUCCAUCUCUCUCCAUCCAGGGAUUGAUUCUGAGGUCGACCAAGGCCAGUUCAGGGAGAGCGAGGUGCUGUUGGGUGGAGCUCCUUCCUUAGACCUUAAUCUGGAUGCUUUGACCAGUUCAUACCCAAGAAUCGAGGAGUUACUACCCGUCGUUUCGCAGCCUCCGGGCAGCACUGACAACUCUGCCCAGUCCUCAGUCACAUACACCACAGUGCUGCUCUCUGAUCCGAAGCAGGAGCAACCGCCCAUUCAUCUCCACUACAAGGGAGGAAGUGGCAGCAGCUCCAGCGACGAGGGCAAUUUCUCUGCCAACAACUCAGACAUUUCAGGAUCCUUCCCUGGAGGUCUGUGGGAGCUCGAGAGCUGCCGGGGCGGGGAGAUGGACGACCCGAGACGCUCCUGCUCCUACAACUCUGUAGAAGAGCUUUCCGAAACAUCAGAGCAAGAAGAUGAAGGCGAGGGGAGAGGUGAGAAGGACUUGUAUUAUCUAGGAACGGACUAUCCAGCAGAGGAUGAGGAGAGUGAGGAUGAGGAGGAGCAGAGAGAGGAGCUGCGUAAAAAUGUAGUUUUGAGCAGGGAGGACUGUUGUGUGGAGUCUCGCCCUCUGCUCGACCCUGAGGACUCGAGCGGACCGAUGUCAGACUCGACGGGUGGUUUGUCUCCGCUGUACCUCCCUCAGUUCAGAACUGCUGCGUGCACGAGGCAACUACAGGACAGCAGAACCCAGCUGUGACCCUCACAGGGACUUUGUUUCAAUGAAAACACGCAUCAUUAAAGCCAUUGUGUUGUGGACUCAUUCAGCAUUUACCAAAGUGGAUUCACAUCUGUUCCUUCAGACAGAAAAUGGGUCCGGAGUCUGACAUAUGAGAAAUGCAGCAUGAGGUUGUCCGGGUGAGACGUGUUCACAACAACAGUGAAUUUCAGUCGAGGGGCGGAGGCUGGGAGGCAGAACAUAACGUGUAAAACUCAGCUGCGGGAAAUCACGUUAAGAGCACAACACUGGCGUCUGCUCUUAUUGCCAAAAGCUCUCGAAGAUGUUGAAUUAAUUGUUUCAUACACGUAGAUGACGCCAUAUUGUAUCUUUUUUCAUCAACACGCCUACUUGCUAGCUGUGAUUUUUCCAGACGUUUUCCUGCUGUAUUCCCACACGGACUUCACUGCACGUCUGAAAGCAUCUAUAAUAACAAGGUGUGGAGCUGGAAAAUGUUAAAAAACAAGGUCUCUCGACUUGUGUGCGGUUGCAAUCAGUUGAUGCUGCUAUUGUGUUUAGACGUCAUGAAGGCACAAGCCUUAUUCAUGGGGCAUUUCUUUCUUUCUUUACAGGGUAUUAAACUCUGGUUCUACUGUGCCAUGCAGGAGCGUGCUGAGAGAAAUACGUAGCAACCAUAGACUUGAUAUAAAGAUGGACGACAUGGUAGCUUCCUGAAAGUGAAGCCAAAGUAUCUCGAUCACCCUCUGGGCACUGGCUGCUGUGCGUGUCAUAAACCCCGCCUCCUCAAUGUUAUUGGAUGGGACAUGAAACAAAAUAAAAAUUCAAAGUACAAAAAAAGUGAUUUGAAAUUCAGAGGCUCCAAAUGCACAAGAUGGCGACGUUUGCAUCCAGAAUGUUUCGGUUUCAUUUUUGGAUAGUGGUGGAAGUGAAGAGGUGUGGUCCAUCCUUAAAUUCAGUCUCCUCUUUUACACCAAAAUUAGUGGGUAUACGCAGGUAUUUUUAAAUGCAGGUGAACCCACUAGAAAAAGGUGAUUGAAUCCUUACCCAUUGCCAGUAGAGGAAUUUUGUUUGUUUUUUGCUCCCGUGGAUUUGACCCUGGAGUGAAUGCAGAUUUUGUCCAUUCUCAUUGCGGACAACCUGCAAAUUUUGGGUGAGGUUAUAUAAACGCAUAAAAAAAUAUGCAGAAAAUGACGUGUGCCUACAUUUGUCCAUCUGCUCCUCAUGUUGAAAAUAUGUUUCUUACUCUGCUGAAUCCUUGUAAGGGAAACAUGAAAGAGUUUGAAAGAGAAUAAAUAGAUCAUAGUUGACUGUGAAUCGAAGGCAAAAGUUGGACGUCCCCUCAGAGCUGCUGGUGUGACUAAAAGAAACCACACGCCGAUGAAAACAGUUGUAGUCAGUAACUACAGCUGAAUUUAUCAACAUCUGCUCGGACUAACCCGCCCACCAAGCCAAAGAAUGUAUUUUUGUACUUUGUGCUGUAAUGUAUUUGAGACUUUGUUCUAGUAUUUGAGAAAUGUGAUCUAUUUUUUUCAGCGUCAUCGGCCAUCAACAUAAACCCUCACUGUCUGGUGUGAACUCAAGGUAAAAUAUUGUAUAUUUGAAACAAGAGGAAGACAACAAUGGAACUUUUGAAUGUCGGUGACUAGUAGUUGUUGCACAUGAAGAACUUUUGUCUAUUUUUGAUGGUGAAAAUAAAAUAUUUAUUGUGA